AUGGGAUCCCUUAAAUUAACAAGAUCUAUCUCACUUGAUAGCACUUCAAAUUUUAAAAUUAGCGAAGAAGACCUUUCUAUGAAACAACGUGUUGUUGAAACUUCUUACAGUGACGUGUCAUCAUUUGAAUUUAAUGAUGAUUCAGAUGAUUCAGAUAAUAAAUCUGAUUCAAAUGAAAUGGAAAAUAUAAGAGAUAACGUUAAUAAUGAAUUAAAUGAUUCCAACAAAGAAAAAUUUAAUAAAAUUGAUCAUGAAAAUUCAAUGUCGAUUUCUUCAUCAACAUCCUCUGAAAAUUUAGAUAAUCACUCUAAUAGUUCACUCCCAGAUAAUGGUCGUGGUUUACCAUCUUCUUGUAUCUUUGUUGCAAGUUUAACUGCAAGCUUAUCUGAUGAUAAAUUAUGUUUAUCCGUAAAAAAUAGAUUUAAAGAAUUCGGAGAAUUGAAUGGUGUUAAGGUACUACGUGAUCAAGAAAAUAGACCAUAUGCUUUUGUUCAAUACAAUAAUGAUCAUGAUGCAACAAGGGCUCUAGAGAAUGCUCAUGGUACCAUUUUAGACGGUAGAGUGAUUCGUUGUGAACCGGCAAGAGUUAACCGUACUUUGUUCAUUACUAAUGCUAACCCAGUCUCAUACAUCGAUAUUAAACAACUUUGUGGGUCUUUUGGUAAAUUAGAACAACUAGUUCCAAAUAAAGAUAAAAACCAGUUCUCUCAAAGAUAUUCCUAUCCUGUUACUAUCUCGAAUUCAUGGUUUAUUAGAUUUGUGUAUAGAGAUGACGCUAUUAGAGCCUUUGCUAACUUAAAAAUGGAUUCUCAUUGGACAGUUCAAUGGGCGCAAAACGUUAAUGUACCAAGAAGGUUCAAUAUGUUAUUCAAAUUUGAAGAAAAUAAUGGCCAGGAGCUGCCUGAUGGUAAUGAUAACAAUAGAUCCUUUUCAAAGAAGGAAGAAAUGCAUGACUCGUAUUCAAAUUCUGGUGAUCAUCAAAAUAACAACAUAACUAUAGACAAAAAAUCAAUAUUUGUUGGCCAGCUUCCAAAGGAAACUACAAGUGAAAACAUUAAAGAACAUUUUGCUAAGUACGGUACUAUUGUAGAUGUUAAUUUGAUUCACAAGCCAACAAAUGUAUUCACUUUUAUUCAGUUUGACACAGAAAAGGCUGCUGCUGCCGCCUUAGAAAAGGAAAACCACUCUACUUUCUUAGAGAAAACAAUUCAUGUCCAAUAUAAAGAACUUGGUGGUUAUCAUGGUAAACGUGUCUUUAGACGGAAUAGCAACUAUGCGGGAAAUAAUCAUAGAUCUAAUCAUUUUAGUGGUCCUCAAUUAAAUCUAGCGCCUCCUCCAAUUAGUAUGUAUAGAAGACACUCUAGCGACAUGAAUCCCGUUAUGAGUUACGGUAAUCCAAAUAUGGUUACAGGUAAUACCUCUCCAAAUGGCUCAUUAUCAUAUUUACAUUGCAUGCCACCAAAUUUACCUCAUAAUGGUGUCCCAAAUUUCGAUGGAAACAUGUAUCCUUAUAUGAAUGGAUCCUUACCUCAUAAUUUUAGAAGAGGUUCAAUGCCAGAUAAUUGGAUGGCAUCAAGAAGAGAAUUAUUGAAUAAGGAACAUAAUUCAAAUACCACCAGGAGUAAGAGGUCUGAAUCAAAGAAACAAGAAGCCGAUAAUACACUACGUACUACGGAUACUAUGACUGAAAUUGCCUCUGAUGUUUCUGAUUCAUUAGAUAAAGGUGAAGGUACACAUGCUGCUGUUAAUUCAACUACAACGUACAACAAUUCAUCUGCAGGUAGUAUGGUAAACGAUUACAAAAAUCGUAUAGAAAGAAUGGGAUUAACCAAAAGUAGAAAUGGGAGUAAUGACAGUAUUGAAUAUAAUGAUCCUGUAAACCCAUAUCUUUUCCAACACUAUUAUUAUCCUCCAUUACCGUACCAUAUGGGUAAUAACCAAAAUUCUCAAGGUGCUAUGCAAAGCCCACCAUACAUGAUGUACUAUCCGUUACCACCGCAAGGGAUGCCAAUAUCUGAUGGCCCACUAGUUCCAAUGAAUUUUCAAAUGAAUAUGAAGGCAAACACAUCUGGUGCUGCGUCUCCUAAUGGAUUCACUCCAUACAUUCCACCCCAACCACCAAGAGAUAAAGAAUAUUUAGACUAUUAA